UCUCUAUAGUACUGUUCUUCGAGCAAUCUUUGAUUGAAUGUGCUGCGGCCGCUUAACCUCAAUAUGAUAUCAUAAAUCGGAUAAAAUUAUUUAUAAACACAUAGUUCUAUGAACACACUAAUUAUUUCAUUUGAACCCCGUAAAUAUAGUAUUAAUAGCAAUGUUACAAUUCGGUGGAGUCAUGUGUAAUGUAGUCGCCAGGUUUGCUCCCCGUAAAAUAUGGAGGAUCAAUCCACAGCAGAUGUUAAUUGCCAGCAGCUCCACAGCUAUCAAUCCAAAUAUCGAACCCAUCCCUGGCAAGCCUGAACGUGUAUCUCAAAAGAUUGAUAAGAAAAAUAGCCAAACGAAAGAGAAAUCAAGAAGUUCUUUGGUGCAGGCAGCCUUUGCUGUUUUAGGGGAUAAAGACAAUGUGGUGAAUGCAUCAAGCUCUUCAGAUAAGAAUGCUGAAGCCCCGAACUUGUCAACCACUAUAUCCAAAACAAUUACUGAAGCUACAACUGUCGAAAAGUUGUUGACCAUAGCUAUGAAUGAAAACAUUACACGAACAAAUGCAAUGCAAAUUAUGUCUAUCCUUUCAAAAUGGAUUAACAAAAAGAAAGUAAGUUUAAAUGACUUUGACGAUGAUCCAAGGUUCUUAUGCCUCUGUGAGCAACUGGCAGGAAAAUCAAAUGCUCAAGCUAAAUAUAUGGACAGCCGGCAUUCAGAUCUGUCUACUAUAAUUGGACUCACAGGAGACGAUGCAGCAGCAAAACUCAUUUCAACUUUGUCCCUCUAUCAAAUGAUAAAGGUCAUGAGUGCACUAGCCCACAAGGGAAGAAGGCCAAUGACAAUAUUGAGGUCAUUAUCAUUCAACAUUGGGCGCAACACUGAAAAUCUGAACAUCAAGCAAUGUGCCGACUUGUUGUAUGCAAUGGCUGUCCUCAAUUUUCCAGACGAGGUCUUGUUGGAAAGAGUAAGUGUGGAAUUAUCCAGAACCAUACCCAAGAAUGAAGGAAACGCCGUUGUAGGAUCAAUUAUGACAUCCAUCGGAUUCCUGCGAUACAGAAACACUGAGUUGUUAGAUUUAUUAUGUGACUGGAUCGUUUCCGAACCCCGUACUUUUAGACCGCAGUACAUUACAUCUCUUCUGUUGACCCUAGCAACUGUUGGAUACACUCCUACUAAUGUAGCACUUUUGAAUACGUCACUAGUUCAGCCAUUGAAGGAGACUGACUUACCUGCAUCAGAAGUAUGGCUCGAUAAUGUAUGGGCAACCACUAUUUUAGGAAUAGCAGACCCAGUCCACAUUUCUACCGUCCUGGACUCGGCUUUCGUUCAAAAACUCAUUGAUUUACAGUGCCUAACAACACAACGGAAGGUAAAAUUACUGAAUAUCAAUGCUGCUGCCAAGUUUCUCAUUCCCAACUACAAUGGUCCGUUCCUGUCUGAAGAUCUAGAUUUCUUCAACUGUACGUUGGAAAAAUCCAAAGAAAAACAGGUGUAUAUAUCUUCGGUGUUGGAUACACUCUCUAAUCUAUUCACACACUCCACUUGUUUCAAAAGCCACGUCCCUACUGGCAUGGGUUUCGUUUUGGAUGCCGAAUGCUACAUGGACGAAAAAUGCAAUCCAAUGCCGAUUGAGAAUAUGGGGAAAAAGAAAGAAAACAUAAAUAGGAUCGCGACUAUCGCGCUUUGCUAUUCGGACUUUUGUAGAGUGCAGACACAACCGAUGGGAAUUUAUUCUUUAAUAACGAAGCUGUUGGAGACACAGAAUUACAAAGUAGUAAUGGUCCCCUACACGGAGUACAAUGCAAAAGAUAAUUUAGUGGCACGUGUCAAAUACCUGGAACAGAAGAUAAAGUCUUCAAUUAAAAACUCCACCUAGUCACAAUUCGUCGAUGCUGUAAUUCGUUAUCGGCUAUUGUAAAGGGAAUUUAAAAUACCCAAUCUAGAUACCUGCACGGGAUUGCCAACGAAAACUAGUAAUUCAAAUCAUCAACUGUUGACAUUUCAGAAAACCGUUGAGCAAUAAAGUGGAACUUCAUUUUUAUAUACGGCAAUAUUUAAUUACCAUUCGUCAUAGGCCGUAGGUGAAUGCGAGAAUGAUAUUUACGAUAUCUGAGAAAGAAACCACAUGUAAAUAUGCCCGAUGCCAUUCCCUCUCAAAUUGUAAUUAACAAAUUUACAUUGAUUCAGGAUGUAGUAGAAAUAAAAAAUGAACAAACAUC